UGUCCGGGGCUGGCGGGAGGGAGGGAGGCGGGGUGGGUGGCCAUGGCUGUCGGCGUGGGCUCCUGGCGCCUGGGCCUGGGUCUGCUGGGGAACCUGGGCGCCUCGACCUGCAUCGUGUUCCUGAACAAGUGGCUGUACGUGCGGACGGGCUUUCCCAACCUGAGCCUGACGCUGGUGCACUUCGCGGCGACGUGGCUGGGGCUGGGCCUGUGCCAGGCGCUGGGCCUCUUCUCGCCCAAGCGGCUGCGUCCGGGGCAGGUGCUGCCUCUGGCGCUGAGCUUCUGCGGCUUCGUGGUCUUCACCAACCUCUCCCUGCAGAGCAACACCGUCGGCACCUACCAGCUGGCCAAGGCCAUGACCACCCCCGCCAUCGUCCUCCUCCAGAGCCUGGCCUACGGAAAGGCCUUCCCCGCCCGCGUCAAGCUCACCCUGAUUCCAAUCACUUUAGGUGUCUUCCUAAAUUCCUAUUACGAUGUGAAAUUUAACCUGCUUGGAAUAAUUUAUGCUACUCUCGGUGUUCUAGUUACCUCUCUUUAUCAAGUGUGGGUAGGAGCAAAGCAGCAUGAGCUGCAGGUAAACUCUAUGCAGCUGCUCUACUACCAAGCUCCAAUGUCUUGCGGCAUGCUGUUGUGUAUUGUGCCCUUCUUUGAACCAAUAUUUGGGGAAGGUGGACUUUUUGGUCCCUGGACACCUUCUGCUGUGUUUCUGGUGCUGCUGUCUGGAGUAAUUGCCUUUAUGGUGAACUUAUCUAUUUACUGGAUCAUUGGGAAUACUUCACCAGUUACCUACAAUAUGUUUGGACACUUCAAAUUCUGUCUCACUCUCAUGGGAGGGUAUAUCUUAUUUAAGGACCCUUUGUCAAUUAAUCAAGGCCUUGGAAUUACAUGCACAUUGUUUGGCAUUUUAGCUUACACCCACUUCAAACUUAGUGAACAAGAUGGGAGCAAAAGCAAGCUGAUUCAGCGCCCAUAAAUCAUGUACCAAUGUGGAUCGUGGAUGAAUCCUUUUAAUAUGCACUAACUUCAAUAAGAACAAAGAAGUUGGAUUAAGAAGUAGAUAUAUCCUGUUGUUAAUAAGGUACUGUAAAUUUGUUCUCUUUAAAAAGAAUAAGGCACUACAUAAUACUCAUCCCUUACAGUGUUCAGAUUAUUUUCUAUUACAUAUAAAUGGGCUUCUUCAGUUGAAGGACUGGUCAUAAUUACAAUGGCACUUCUGAGUGAACUCUCCAGUUUGUACCAAAUGAACUCAUCAAGGCAGAUGUGACAUUUAUGGCCAAAGGAAUUUAUUCUUUUGAUCAUAUCAGUGUUACCAUUGUCAAUCUGUGCUGAUAUUCUGAAAUCAUAUGAACAUUGUAGCUUCUCAGUCUGGUUAAUUAUAGAAAAACAGUUUUAACGUUUUCUGAUUUAUUGAGAAGGACUUCAGUGGGAUUGUGUCUAACAUACCCAUGCACACAUAUAUCCCCCACACACACACUUUUCUUUUUUCAAAUACAGUUUGUAUUAAUUUGAGAGAAAUUAAGUUUCUUUAUUCAUGGUCCAACAAAACUCUGAUAUUCUAGUACUAUCAGGGCUUUGCAUCUUGAUCAGAUUUCCAACUUCACAGAAUAUUUUGUAGUUCGGUACAGGGCUGGUCCCUGUAACUUGAAAUCCUUUUCUUCCUGCCCUGCUUUAGGGCCAGUUAAAUAACUUAUUCAAGAGGGUGGGUUUCUCAGAGGAUCUAAAGGAUCUGUGUCAAGCCCUUAUGUUAGAACAACACAGGCUUGAACAAGACUGAAAUGCUUUGGGGAAAUUACGUAUUAUGCCUUAACUGAAAGAUUAAGAUGUCAGAUAUCCAUAAAAUAAAAUGAGAACAUGAUAAAGAGUGUUUUUGAUAGCAUGAAGCCUUACCACAAUUCUAGAGUGGCGGGCAAAACCUGGAAUAAACUGGACAAAUGGAUUCUGCCAUAACCUGAUGGGUAGAUGGCUUUAAAUACUAACUAUACCUCCUUGUAUGUGCUGCUAUUACUGUUCAUUGUAUACGGACCUGCAACUACAAUCAAAAAUAGUCAUCCUAUGAGCUAUAUUACUUCUAAUCAGUAACUCAUUUUUUGAAACAUCACCAGGAUUUUUCUUCAUGUGCUUAAACAGUGAUGGUGACAUACACUUUUUCACUUCCCUGUUUUUGCAGCUUCGCCUAUGCUGUCACUAAAUUUGAGCAAAAUAGCAGUAGGAAAACCACACAGAUUUUCAAGUUACUGGGAUAUUCGAGAACCACCUGAAAAACAUGAUUUACCUGUAAAACAGGAUAGAUAAUUGUACUUGUUCUGCUGGUUAAAAAUAUAACAGGUUUUUUUUCUGAAAGGAGAUGUGUAGUAGCUACUGUACAACAAAAUUCAAACUUAGUGAAGAAGAUAGGUGUAGGGAUGUGAAAUUGACCCCUGAGGCCAUAUCCUGGCAACUAGCAGUUUUAUACACAGAGAACUGAAUAGGAACUGUUCUUUUGGUGUAUUACACAGUACAUUCAUGCUAGCUCUGCCAUGAAGCCAUCAGAGCUUCAGCUAGAAACUUGAAAUAUAAAGUUUUAAUAUAAAAUACAAAGUGCCCUGCAUCUUGUCACAUUGGCAGCCAACCAGCAGCACAACAGGACAUUCUUCACCUCCUUUCUGUGGCCCUUCAUCAGACCUACCAACUGGCCCUGGAUGGUUUCCCAACCAGGAUGGGGAAGAGUCGCCUCCCAAUGAUACUGAUUUUUGAAGGUGGCACCCCAUAAAAUUAUGCCAUACUGCUUUCAAAGAGCAAUUGGCUUUGGGAGGUAUGCAACUUUUGCCUUAGAAACUGAACCAUUAAUUUGAAAGUCACACUAGGACAAUGACAUGGAGAUGUUCUUUGUUUUGUCUUUGAAAAACAGAACUUAAUGUACUGCCUGUAUUCUAAUCUAUUUUUGUCCCUGUGGCUUGAAGGAAAUAUAUGAAGAAGAACAAAUAACUGAAUUGUACAAUCUGUGUAAAAUUGAUUGGAUUCUUAUCUCUUCAAAUAAGGUCUUUCUUAACAACUAUGAUCCAAAUUUCUCAUUAUAAAUGCUUUCGGUGAUUUGAACAGCACAGUAUGGAGGGGGAGGGGGAGCCUCACAAACAUGACUUGUGUACAUUCACUUUGCUUCUUAUUCAGUUCCGAAGUCUAGUCUGUCCAAAGCCAAAUCUCUUCAUAAUAUACUUGUAUACAGUUGUUACGGAUUUUUGUCAGUAUUAUGGUAUCUGGAGCAUUUCUUUGCAUUACCAACCAUAUCUUAGGCACUAGACAACCUGAAGAAUUAUUUAAAUACAUUGUUAGAUAUCUGUGAUUAGCACUGAAAAAAAGUACUCAUGCAAAUCUGUUCAGAGCAGGUGCAUAUUGAAAAAGCAAUUUGCAUUAUAUUUGUGCUGUGCACAAACUUUCCUGAAAUAUACACCAUAAGGAUCUGUUUAAUUAAAAACAAAGACUAAUGCAGCUGGUUGCAUAAAGACAUAAGCUUUUAUUUUACAUAAGACAGCUGUAACAUUUCAUGCCCAUCCUGUGUUUUAAAAGGUAAUAUAAAAGAGACAAAUAUACUAAGGCCUGUUACAGACUGCCCAAAUAAAGCUGCUUCGGGUCUCUUUGGAGGUAUGCUAUUUAAAUGAUGCAUGGGUCCUAAGAGUCCGGAG